AUGGAACCAUCAAGCAAGAAGCACAAGACAUCUAAUGAUGCUCCAUCCCCUGUGGGUGUGGAGGACGGUAGUGACCUUCAGCAUACUGGUCCAGCUGCGGUUGAAGCCGUUGCCGGUUCUGGGGGCCGUGCUCAAGUUCUCGACGCUGCUGCCUUGGAGGAAGUGUGGUCACCAGACCGGGAAACCCGUGUAACUGCUGGGCUGGAGAAGGUUAAUGGUGCGGCGGACACUUACUUGCGGGGCGGCGAUUGGGUCUUGAACCAAGAUGGAGGCGGCUGUACCUUGAGUUUCGUCAUUAAGAGCGGAGAUCGACUCUACGGGCUCACUGUUGGGCAUCUCGCCAAUGUGGGUGAUCCGAUCUUUGUCUUUGCGGAGGCCGACACGGAGCAGAACCCUCUUCCAUGUGGGGAAGAGCCCGGAAGCGCUGGGUAUUCGUACCCUAUGUUUGAGGUUGGAACUGUUGUUUCAAAGUCCUUGGCAACAGAUUCUUUGAUCUUUGAGAUUGCGACUGACGAAUCUUCAAUUGUCGAAAUCGAGGAACCUCUCUUGUUAGUUCCUGAACUGAUGCUUGAAGGCCAUCUGGUCCUCCCCAAUCCAGCGGUCGCUCCCACGCGCCCCGCUGUUGGAGACACCCUCGUUGGCUUCGGAGUUCAGCGCCGUGGGGCCAUUGCGAAAGUGUCUAAUCCAAGUGAGGUGCGAAAUGGAACAUUUUCCCGAAUCGGAAACAUUGCCAUUGUGCACCCCCAAGACCCAGCCAAGGCGUUGACGGA